GGCUAAUUAGCCUCUCGUAUCUUUUACGCAGACCCUGAGUCUACAAUGAAUGGUCUAGACCAAAGUAAGGGCUUCAAUUAUCACCACAACACCGGUUCUUGCGGGGGUUACCGCAGCCCCGUUCCACGGCUCAACAACCGAAGCUCAAAGUGUCGCGGUCAUAACUGCAUCAUCUCCUUGUUUAAAUAUCUCCCUAUGGACAUUGAGCACUCGGCAUUGAUCAGGAUAUCCCUCUAACCUCGAUUCAACAAGUGAUCUGUACACCCAUCUCCUGCCAACAGUUCCUGCCACCAUAUCAAGACAAUAUGGGUAACUUUGGACAAUACGUCGAUAUCCGCAUUGAGGAUGGCCUGAAGUAUGAUAUCCGCAUCGAAGACGCCCAUCUCGACUGCGGCCAAUUCUACCGACAGGGUGAUCAAACUGAUAUCUUGACAUCCGACGAUGUGGAUGAUAUGAUGAUUCGUCAUAAUGGCGGAAUAAGAGAUGUUUGCUCUUGUGGGGAGCCGGGCGAUAUGUCUGGAACGCAGGGAACCCUGGACCUAUAUGACGAUGUGAAGGACGACCGAAUCUGCACAUUGUCAUGGAGCGCUCCCAUGCAGUCCGGACGGCAGAAUAUGUUCAUCAUGCGUAAUCGUAACCCGAAAUAUGCUGUCGAUAUUGGUGAUUGGAGUAAGACUGGUACUAUGGGAACGGUUUCGGUGGCCGUUAAAGAUCAAUCUUGA